AUGGAUGUGACGGAGGAGCACAUUGACACCGUGCUUUUGCUCAUGGAUGCCGUCGUUCACGAGACUACAGUCGAUAACGUCCUUCCUUACUUGGAUAAGGAUUUCCCAAAAGAAAGAUUGGAAGAGUACCUUAAAGGAUAUAGCAGACCAUCGCAAAUUCCAGAAUAUAGACAAUUCGUGAGGCAACAGAUCAGCGCAAGCUACACCCCCACGAAGACACAGAGAGACUUUAGAUUCUUAGCCGUUUUAUUACAGUCAAGAUUUGCCACUCCAUUAUUCACCAACUCUCUUAAGUUGAUUUCAGAAAUGUCCAUCAAAGAAAGGGAAGAAUUGUUGAAAUCCUGGAGGGAUUCCCCACUUCCAUUGAAAAGACGGUUACACUCAGUUUUCACCACUUUGGGACUAGUUGGAUUUGCAAGGUAUGCUACAGACUUACACAAUGCUGCCAUUGGAUAUCCUGGCAGAGACACUAGAGAGUUCGAAAAUCAAGCCAGGCCUGAGUUCAGAUACGAAAUGAUGGACAAGCCAACUUCAGAUGGCCACGUGUUAUCCAUUCCAAAUGUUGAUGUCCUUAUCAUUGGCUCUGGAUCUGGAGCUGGAGUAGUGGCACAAACAUUAUCAGAACAAGGUCACAAAUGUCUUGUUCUUGAGAAAGGAAAGUACUAUCACGAAUCAGAAUUCACUUUCAAUGAAAAUGAAGCAAGAUUAUUGUAUGAAAAUGAAGGUGCAGUGACAACCACCGACCAACUGUUAUUUAUGUUAGCUGGCUCUACCUUUGGAGGUGGUUCUACCGUAAAUUGGUCAGCAUGCUUGAAGACUCCAUUCAAAGUCCGUAAGGAAUGGUAUGACGAUUACGGACUUGAUUGGGCUGCAAAUGAAAGCUAUGAUCAAUGUAUGGAUUACGUAUGGAAGAAAAUGGGUGCAUCUUCGGAGAACCUUGACCAUUCGCAAUCCAACAAAGUUGUUUUGGAGGGUGGUAGAAAGUUAGGCUACACAGUCAAAGAGAUUGCCCAAAACACUGGUGGCCAUAAUCCCCACAAUUGCGGAAUGUGUAACUUCGGUUGCAAACGCGGAGUGAAACAGGGUGCUCAAGCACUCUGGUUGCGCGAAGCACUGGAUAAUGGUUGUCAAUUCAUGGAUCAAGUAAGAGUAAUUCAGAUUUUGCACAAUGAUGGAAAAGCAACUGCAGUAUUAUGUCAGAACGAACUCACCGGCACUAGGUUCACAAUUACAGGCCCAAGAAAAUUUGUUGUAAGUGGUGGCUCAUUGAAUACUCCCAUUGUAUUACAACGUUCGGGAUUCAAGAACAAACACAUUGGCAAAAACUUAAAGUUGCAUCCUGUUACGGUGAUUUUUGGCGACUUUGGAAGGGGAGUGAAAUCCGAUCCUCACUAUUACCCAAUCAUGACAAGUGUUUGCACAGAGAAAGAUGAUUUAGAUGGCAAAGCACAUGGUGCAAAAAUUGAAACUAAUAUACAUGCCCCUUCGAUCCAUAUGGCAUUCUUGCCAUGGGAUGGUAGUGACAAUGCAAGGAGGUUCCAAUUGCGUUACAACAGUUUAUCAUCUUUGUUGAUAAUUACCAGAGAUACAACUAGUGGAAGCGUAACUUUUGAUCCCAAAAGACCAGAUGCUAUGAUUGUUGACUAUACUGCCAACAAGUUUGACAGAAACGCUCUUUUACAAACCAUGUUAAUUGCUGCAGAUAUGUUAUAUAUUCAAGGUGCCGAAGAAAUCCUUGCUCCACAAUCAUCAAAACUUACCUUCAAGUCCUCCAAACCAAAGGAAGAGAGGACUAAAACUGAUCCGGAUUAUGUUGCCUUUAGGAAUAAGAUUGCUAAUUCGCCAAUCGAAGUCUAUGGCACUAAAAUUGGAUCAGCUCAUCAAAUGAGCACUUGCAGAAUGUCCGGAAAAGGACCUGCCUAUGGGGCAUGUGAUACUAAAGGUAGGCUUUUUGAGUGCAAGAACAUUUAUGUUGCAGAUGCUAGUGCUAUGCCAACUGCUAGUGGUGCUAAUCCUAUGAUUUCGACCAUGAGUAUUGCAAGGCAUGUUGCAUUGGGUAUUGCAAAAGACUUGGAGCCUCAAAUCAAACUUUGA